GCGGAAUAGAACUUCACAUUUCAACAUGUGAGCAUCAUAAUGCGCGAUAAGGUGCUUAUCUUUCCCGGCCGGCCCGGGUGCAAUAUCUCUCUCUCGUCACUUUGCUUACUCAGUUGAAACCACCUAUCGCAGUUGCAACCAUGCUUUCGAAAGCGACCUACGAGCAAUUGCCCACUCACAAUGGGUCCAAAACCAAAGCAUGGCACUGUAAAACGAAACGAGUCUGCAUAAUCUUCCUGGUGUUCUUCACCCUCGGUAUCGGCCUACAUCGUACUGGAUUUACGCGGUCGUUGUUGGGUGCUGGAAGGUGUAGCAAGUAUACCCCGUCUACAGGAGAAGGUCUGCCUACGCACUACACGUUACCCUCUGGAGACAAGAUUCCCUCGGUUGCUCUUGGUCUCUGGAAAGCAGGAAAGAACAAAGUUGGAAGAGCAGUGCAGACUGCGGUGAAGUCUGGAUAUCAGCAUCUUGACGGUGCUUGGAUCUACGGGAAUGAAGCCGAGGUGGGCGCCGCGCUGAAACGAACAAACAUCCUUCGUGAAGAUAUUUGGUUGACUUCCAAGGUGUCUAAACCGACAAUACUUCCGCGGGUGCGGAUGCUAAUCUGUCCUUGUCAGCUGUGGAACUCUUUUCAUGACCCAGAAGAUGUUGAAAAUGCUCUUGACGAGUCACUGUCUCGACUAGGGACUGAUUACUUGGAUCUCUAUCUCAUUCAUUGGUCUGUAAAGUUUGCAUUCGCGAAUAUGUUUACUUAUCUUUUAAGAAAUCUCACCCUUAGGCCCCUUGCCCUUAACAAAGAUGGGUCUGUGUACAAUCAAGAACUCACUGAUGAUCCGUAUCCUACUUGGAAGAAGCUUGAAGAAUUGGUCGACAAGGGUAAAAUCAGAAAUAUUGGUGUCAGCAAUUUCAAUAUACGCAGAAUCCAAAAUUUGACCGCUAAUCCCUUGAAAUAUCCACCCGCGGUUAACCAGGUCGAGAUCAAUUUCUGGUUCCCACAGCCGGAGUUAUUAGCCUGGUCUAAGGAGUACGGGAUAUUGUUAGAAGCGUAUUCCCCUCUUGGGGGCGAUGGACCCGUCGGAGAAACGCUCUCUGUCCCUGUGGUCAAGGAAAUUGCCGCUGAACUUGAUAUCACUCCUGCCCAAGUAAUCAAUUCAUGGCAUGUCCAACGCGGGACCGUCGUCCUUCCAAAAAGUGUAACUCCAUGCAGAGUGGAGGAAAACUUACAUAGUACUUUGACUAACUUGAGUUGGAUAGUCACGAAACUUCCGGAUGAACUAUUUGAGAAGCUGGAGACAGCCGCGAUAUCGCACGAACCGAAGCGAGGGGUGAAUCCGAGCAAAGGCUGGGGUAUCGAUUUUGACAUCUUUGAUUAA